AUGAUAUCAUUGAUGAGACGAACAAUAAUGUUCUUAGAUUAUAUUUAUCAUCAGCACAGUUAUGCUUGUUUUGAAUUGCUAUAUUGUUAUCAGGAAAUAUGGAGUAAUGCCUUAUACGGUUAUCUAAUAAUAAGCAUACCAUUUAAUGUAAUUGCUGUAACCACUUUAUUAGCCGAACAAUUAAAAUUGAUGGAAAUGAUUAUACAAUAUGUUAUCAUCAUAACACAUGCGGCAAUAACUGUAUUGUCUUUGUUUCAAUUCUCACAAGAAACAAAACUUUUAAAUGAAGCAAAAUUGUAUUUAGUACCUAUCAUACAAUCAACCCAUAGUUAUAUUUGCUAUGAUGUACUAUAUUGUUAUCAAGAAAUAUGGGGUAAUGCUUUAUUUGGUUAUCUAAUGAUAAGCAUACCAUUUAAUGUGAUCGCUGUAACCACUUUGUUCACUGAACAAUUAACCUGGAUGGAAAUGAUUAUACAAUAUGUAAUCAUCAUAAUACAUGCGGCAAUAACUGUAUUGUCUUUGUUUCAAUUUUCACGAGAAACAAAACUAUUAAAUGAAGCAAAAUUCCAUCUAGUUCCAAUUAUACAAUCAUUGGUAAUCUAUAAUAGAGCCGUUGUAUUUGGAUUAUAUGACAUUAAUCAAAAUCGAUCCACGAUUUUAAGUCUGAAAAUAAAAUAUUCCGAUCUAUUCAAUAGAUUGACAUUUGGACGAAAAUAUGGACCUUAUGUUUCAACAGUUGGUGUAAUUACCAACAUGUUUAUAUUCAAUAUGGCGAUUACUUAUGUUGGUUUAUUCAUUUUUAUAUCAUCUCAUCUUGAUUUUGACAAUUAA